AUGGCAGAAUCUAUCAGUUCGCAGUACGAAACCCUGGAGAAAAUAGGACAUGGCUCCUUCGGCGUCAUUCGAAAGAUCCGACGGAAGGUAGAUGGCAAGAUCCUCUGCCGAAAGGAGAUCAGCUACUUGAAAAUGUCGCAAAAGGAACGUGAACAGCUACAUGCUGAGUUCCAGAUCCUCUCUACUCUCCGACAUCCCAACAUUGUUGGUUAUUACCAUCGCGAACAUCUCAAAGAGACUCAAGAUCUAUAUCUUUACAUGGAGUAUUGUGGCAAUGGCGAUCUCGGUCGGGUGAUCAAGGGCCUUGCUAAUCGCAAGGAGUACGCCGAGGAGCAAUUCGUAUGGGAGAUAUUCUCACAGCUGGUCACCGCCUUAUACCGAUGUCACUAUGGCGUAAAUCCUCCGUCGGUAGGCAAGAAUGUCCUUGAAAUAGUGACGAUGGGGAAAACAAAGGCGCCACAGGGAGCUGUCACGAUUCUCCACAGAGAUCUGAAGCCUGAGAACGUCUUCCUCGGGGAGAAUAAUUCUGUCAAGCUCGGUGAUUUCGGUCUAUCCAAGAUGAUACAAUCGCACGAUUUUGCAUCCACAUACGUUGGGACGCCGUUCUAUAUGUCUCCUGAGAUAUGCGCUGCUGAGAGGUAUACUCUUAAAUCAGACAUCUGGUCGCUGGGUUGUAUAAUAUACGAACUUUGCGCGCGUGAGCCUCCAUUUAAUGCUAAGACUCACUUUCAGCUCGUUCAGAAGAUCAAGGAGGGAAAGGUCCCACCACUUCCUAGAGUUUACUCAGGGGAGCUUAUGGCCGUUAUCAAAGACUGUCUCAGGGUCAAUCCAGAUCUACGCCCUGACACGGCAACCUUGCUCAACCUUCCGGUUAUACGCUUAAUGCGUAAAGAGCGAGAGGCCGUAGAAUUCAAGAUGGAGUUGGAAUCGCGCAACAAUGUGCUCAGCAAUAAGCUAAAGCAAGUCGAAGAGAAGCUAGCUAACAUCGAGGCCGAUAAGUUGAACUUCCGACAAGAGAUCGACUCUCAAUUACGACGAGAGUGGGAGGUCAAGGCUCGAUUAGAAAUCGACCGCCUUGUCAAUGAAGAGAUUGAACAACUUCAACGACGUUUUGAAGCCGAAGUGGAAGCGCGGGUACAAGAAGAACUACAGAAGAAGAGAGUCUCGUUUGGCCCGGUUGAGACUCACGAAUUCACAUCAUCUCAAGUAUCCAGGACGAAUUUCUUCCUGUCCAUGGCUGGUAGUACGGACAGCGAGUUUCCCUCCACCACAGAUAUUACCGAAUUUUCUGUUAACUCUCCCGAAGAACACCCCCUUAAGCGCAGCUCACGUGCGCCAUUUGCUCGCGCUCAAACCAUGUUCGAGCGCAAUCCUGGAACGCCAAUGUCGAUGGAUGUCGACAUGGCAUCCCCAUCCCCAAUGGUUGCUAUUGCAUCCCUGUCCCUAUCACCACGACGUAACAUCGCUACUAAGGCCCCAACUGCAAACAAGCCGCCCAUAUUUGACUUUGAGGAUGAAGAAGAGAUCCGAUCAGGCAGAAGAGAUCCGUUCUCAUCUGAUUCGGACGACGACGACGGUCAUGUAAUCCCAUCCCCGACUCGCCCACCGCGGUCGAAUAAAAAUCCCUUCGGGCCCCAACGCCCGAUUCUUCCUUCAGCGAAGACGGCUCCCAUCAACCGUCUAAGAAACCAAACCUCUAUGGUCCUUAACAAGCCAACCCCGCCUCUACCUACAUCUGCUCCUGAGUUCCGAAUCCGGGCUAAACCUAGCAAUGGUGCUUUGAGAGAGAAGGGCGAUUCUCCUAACCGACGGCUUAGCAAGAUCCCUUCGGUUGCCAAUCUUAGCAUGCAAAAUGCGGAGAACGGUGGACAACGCAAAUCCUCGCUAAAGAAGGAACCAGAACCGGCACUCACUAAGGUAGUAACAAAGAACAACAUCAAAGGUCGCACCCUUGUUGAGCUUCAGCAGGCCAGAGCCGGCGGUCGACCAGUCGAGUCUGUGAAUGUUAGCCCCAAGCGCAGUUCUAGAGACCGAUUCGCUGAACCCGCCGUUUGGGAUCCGGAGAGGGACGAGAUGCCGAGCCCGUUCCUGGUUCGGAAGAAGCAGCCGGCCAGGGUAUAG